AUGGCCGCUGUAGCGCUGACCACCGCAGGAAUGUCCAUUCGCUCGGAUGAUUUCCCGGGUGAAGAUAUAAAGCGAUCACCAGAUGACCACAAUGAAGUGCGAUUUUUCCAGGAUGGGUUGAAUACUGGCGCUCGUAUUCUAGGUGACGGCCGGGUAGACAUCCGUAUCGAUCAGCAUAAACCGCACCUCGCAGGGCUAUUGAACCACAUCCAACGCCCGGAUAUACAUUCUGACCGGGAGGCCGAACGGACCGCCAGUGCAGAACGGCUCUUCGCAAAGGACGAGCAUUUUCCAAUGCACUUAAACCUCGUCAUCCAAGUGAUUGGCUCUCGAGGCGACAUUCAACCAUUUGUUGCACUAGGCAGAGAACUGAAAGCACACGGUCACCGAGUCAGAUUGGCCACACAUUUAGCUUUUCGGCAAUUCGUUCUCGAUAGCGGUUUAGAAUUUUUCAAUAUCGGAGGAGACCCAGCGGAGCUGAUGGCUUUCAUGGUGAAAAAUCCGGGCCUUUUACCGGGGUUUAAGGCAAUACGCAGCGGAGAGAUCCAGAGGCGUCGGCGUGAGAUGAAGGAAAUCUUCAAUGGAUGUUGGAGAUCUUGCUUUGAAAAGGGUGACGGGACUUACCUUCACCAGAUUAAAGAAGAUCCGUUCAGUAAGACUUUGGAUUAUCGACAACGGCCCUUUGUGGCAGAUGCUAUUAUAGCCAACCCUCCUAGCCUAGCCCAUAUUCAUUGCGCACAACGACUAGGCAUCCCUCUCCAUAUUAUAUUCACGAUGCCCUGGUCACCAACCCAGUCCUUUCCCCACCCAUUAGCGAAUGUCCACUCCCGGAACUGCAAGCCGACUAUCGCAAAUUUUGUGUCCUAUAACAUUGUAGAUAUAAUGGUAUGGGAAGGGUUAGGAGAUAUUCUAAACACGCUUCGCAAAGAUACCUUGGCACUCCAACCUCUGGGUACAAUGAGCGCCCCGAGCAUACUACAUCGACUACAUGUGCCGCAUUCGUAUCUAUGGUCUCCUUCAUUACUACCUAAGCCCCCUGAUUGGGCUGAUAACAUCGAUAUAUGCGGCUUUGGCUUCCUCCUAUCAGAGACCAGCUACACACCACCAAAGGAAAUAGCUACAUUUCUCAAAGCAGGACCAAAACCAAUAUAUAUCGGAUUUGGCUCGAUCGUAGUUGAUAAUCCUGUCAAACUGACCAAGAUUAUAUUUGAAGCAGUCCAAAAAUCCGGACAGCGGGCUCUUGUCUCAAAAGGCUGGGGAAAUCUGGGGGCAGACGAAGUGCCGGAAAAUAUUCUUAUGAUUGGAAACUGCCCUCACGAUUGGCUAUUUCGGCAGGUUUCAUGUGUGAUCCACCAUGGUGGUGCUGGCACCACAGCGGCAGGCCUCGCGCUAGGUCGACCGACGAUAAUUAUCCCUUUCUUUGGAGACCAGCAAUUUUGGGGAGAUAUCGUUGCGCGGGCUGGAGCUGGGCCAGCACCGAUACCACAUAAACAUUUGAACGUGCAGAAUCUCUCAGACGCAAUACAGAAAGCGCUAGAGAAGAAGUACCCUAGACAGAGCACAGGCGAUCGCGAGGAAAAUGCAGGAAGAGUCUGGCGUGCGCCAUGGGGUGAAUAG